AUGAAAAAAACUGUUGAUAAUAACAACAAUAACAACAAUGUUGUUGAAAUUGAAUGUAAUAAAAGUUCUGAAUCUGAGGCAAAGACCAAAUCUGGUCGUUCUGUUCGACCUCCUGGUACAUGGUGGAAAAUAAAACACACAGUUAAAGAGAAAGUUACAAAAUUAUCAAGACCAAGAAAACAAAAAUCUGCUGAUUCCAAUUCUGAUUUAAGUGGUUAUGACCAGACGAAUAAAAGUAAAAGAAAUGUAUAUUCUUUUAGUAAUGCUAAGCGUCAAAAGCUUUCAAAUGUGUUUGGUGAGAAAGUUCCCAAAAAUGAAGUUUAUGUACUGGUUCCACCACAUCAUCUUUAA